AUGAUCGCAUUAUCAAGAUCAGCAUUACCAGAGGCAAGCGCUGCAAGGAUACAUUACGUGCGAGGCAGCGUAUUUGAUGUUGCUUGCCUGAGCAGCGUGCUACGAGGCAGUUCCAAUGUUAUUCACACGGUAGGCGCUUUCCUAGACGACAACAGCGAAUCUGCAGACACAGCCUAUGAACGCAUCAACUGCGAUUCAUCCAUUGUUGUAGCAUGCGCUAUGGCAGACAAGUUUGAUGUCAGCAAUGAUCUACCACAUCAACGCAAAGCUUUGGUCUACUUUAGCGUAGCAGCAGAAUUUCCUGGCUUCAUAUUCGAUUAG